AUCUUAUCUUGACAUUCAAAGAUACACACAUACAUAUAUAUAUAUGGAAUGUAGUAGCUUUGGAAAUAACCGUCCCAGUAUCACCGUUAAUACUUUAAUGCCGAUUUCCAUAUCACUUCGAAUGUUUGAAUAGGAAAUACAAUCAACGGCGUGAAAAUGAUGAAUUGGUAUUUUCUUUUGUUAGGUUUGUCCUUCACAGUUUGCACCCAAAGUGACAUUCAUGUUGAAGAUACACCAAACAGACGAUUCCUUGUGCCGACUGAACAUCCGAUGACGACUCCUGCAUCACCCAGUCAACCAUAUGUUAGUAGCUCAAGUUUGAAUUUCACGAAAAGACAAUUUUAUCUUGAUGGGAAACCGUUCCAACUUCUUGGAGGAAGUAUUCACUAUUUUCGAAUUCGCCCGGAAUAUUGGACUGAUCGUUUAACGCAGUUGAAAGCUUGUGGGUUGAAUACAGUGACUGUGUACGUACCAUGGAACCUUCACGAAGAAUAUCCAGGCGAAUUUCAUUUUACUGACCAUUUAAAUCUGAGACGUUUCAUCAAAAUUGCACAAAGUCUAGGGCUGUACGUGAGUUUACGACCGGGACCUUACAUCUGUGGCGAGUGGGAGUUUGGCGGACUUCCAGGCUGGCUCUUAAAAGAUUCAAACAUGGCGGUGCGUAGUAACUACCCUGGAUACACACAGGCUGUAGAGCGAUAUUUCACACGACUUUUACGGGAGGUCGUUGAUCUACAGUUCAGUCGCGGGGGUCCGAUCAUUGCAGUUCAGGUAGAGAAUGAGUUUGGAACCUACAGUGAUGAAGUGGCGCACCUGACUUUCCUCAAACAGUUACUCCAGAAGAACGGCAUUGUAGAGAUGUUUUUUACAUCUGACAGUUACGUGGCAUAUAACAUGUCAGGGCUGGACCGCGCUCCCUUCUACAGAGAGGCACUCCCGACAGUUAAUUAUGUGGAUAUUCACCAGGGAUAUGGACUCUUUCUAAGGAUACUGCGUCUGAGUGAAGACUUUCCGCUGAUGGUAACGGAGUUCUGGUCUGGCUGGUUCGAUUACUGGGGGAAAGGACACAACACUCUCUCUCUGGAAGUGUUUUCAAACACACUGAGAAGCAUCCUAGCAGAUGGAGCGUCUGUCAAUCUCUACAUGUUUCAUGGUGGAACAAACUUCGGGUUUACCGCCGGUGCCAACAUGGAAAAGGACGGAUAUCAUUCGGACGUAACGUCAUAUG